AUGGGUCCACAUUCGCGCCUUGCUGGGGACAAGAACUUGUUGCGCGUACUCAACGAGUCCGCGCUCGACGCUGAGGAGAUCGCCUCUGCCUCCUCUCUAGAGCCUACGCUGACGAGCGAACGUAUGCGCCGCCGCUCCGACAUCUCACGCAUCCGCCCUUUGGCCCCGUUCCCAGCUACGGAGCCUGAGGCUAUAGAGCUUCCCGUGAUCAGCGAGAACUCACAGGGUACUUCCACCGCUAUGCGCGACGCGGGCAUCACGUUCCGCGAGGACUAUCUCUCCAGCAAAGGCGGCGACCCCGAGAUUGCGCCCAGCUUUCCUAGCUCUCUAGCUCCGUCGGUCCUCGCCGAGGACGACACAAGCUCUACUGCGCCCGCGAUUUCCGCUGCACAGAAAGCCGUGUAUCGCCGAAAGAGUUUGAUCCACUUCGUGACGCUCUGCUGUGCUGUUUUCUGCAUGGGCUGGAACGACGGGACGACCGGGCCCAUGCUCCCGAGGAUUCAGGCCAACUAUCACGUCAACUUUGCGAUUGUUUCGCUUUUAUUUGUGUCUAACACGAUCGGGUUUAUAAGCGGUGCUUUUGUCAAUAUAUACCUUACAGACCGUUAUGGCUUUGGAAAAGUUUUGGUCAUGGGCUCGCUUUGUCAGGUCGUAGCGUACGCGAUGCUCAGCCCCGCGGGCCCUUUCCCGCUGCUGUGCGCCGCGUUCGUCUUGAUCGGGUUCGGGCUCUCGCUCCAGAACGCGCACUGCAACGGGUUCGUCGCGAGUCUCAAGAAGAGCUCGCACACCAAAAUGGGUUUCCUACACGGGAGCUACGGUUUGGGCGCGCUCAUCUCUCCGCUGGUCGCGACGCAGUUUGCGGAGAGCACCUCGCACUGGUCGUACCACUACAUCAUAUCGAUGGGCAUCUACAUCGCCAACACUACGCUAUUGUGGGUGGUGUUCCGCGGCAGGUUGCAACAAGAGGUGAUGGAGGAAGAAGGCGAGAGUGGUGUCAGCACUGAGGACGCGGUGGAUUCGAAUAAGUACAAGCAGGUCCUCGGCCUUAAGGAAGUGCAUAUCCUCGCUAUGUUCUCUCUGAUUUACGUGGGCGUUGAGGUUACCAUGGGCGGCUGGAGCGUCACUUACAUUCUGGAGCGGCGAAAUGGCAACUCCAACUCUGGUUACAUUGCCUCCGGUUUCUUCGGCGGUUUGAUGCUCGGUCGCAUACUGCUGAUGUGGUUCAACAAGAAGAUCGGAGAACGUCUCGCACUCUUCCUGUAUGCGCUUCUUGCGAUCUUCAUCGAGGUGACCGUCUGGGUAGUGCCCUCGCUCAUCGAGAACGCCAUCGCGGUCUCGUUCGUCGGCUUGCUCCUCGGUCCGAUGUACCCCAUCCUCAUGAACCACUCGACGACCAUCCUCCCGCGCUGGCUUCUGACGGCCUGCAUGGGAUAUAUCGCCGCCGUCGGUCUUGCGGGCUCCGCGAUCUUGCCGUUCAUCACUGGCCUGCUCGCGUCCAAAUUUGGUAUCGCGUCCCUGCAGCCGUUCAUCGUGUCAAUGAUGUCGACGCUCAUCGUCAUCUGGGCGAUCAUCCCCCGCGCACGGGUCGUCCCGAUAUGA